AUGACUAAAAUCAGAAAAAAUACUAUAAAACCUUUCAGAAGCAUGUUGAACCAAAUGCUAGUGGACCAACCGAAGAAAACUGAUGACAUGCUUGCGUUGGUCGGAGUUGAAUCGGACUGCAAAGAAGUGUCGGCGCUAGCUCAAGCCUAUGAUGCUCCAAGCUUGCUUGUGAAUUGUGAAGAUCAAGUGGGAGAGUCCCAAAUGCCAUCAGCUACUGUUUUGGAAAUGGCUUCUACGCAAGGUGCAAAAUAUCGAGCCUUCGCAAAACUUGCCAAAUCUGUUGGUUGGACAAAUGUGGCUGUGAUCAACUUUGAAGAGGAUGGACCAACGGACAAAACUUAUCAUGACCAACUUCUGAAUGCUCUUUCUUCUGAAUCAAUUACACUCGAUUAUGUCAAGAAAGGUGGUUUCUCAGCAAACUUGCUCAGUGCUAUGUAUACCGCCUUGGAGUCAAUCAUCAACAUUGUUUUAGAAACUCAUACCAAAACUAGAAUUUACGUUCUUGUUCUUCAAUUUCCAUCCGCUGGAACAUAUUUCAUGCAUGUUCUCUCCACAUUAGGUUUGCUUGAAACUGGAAAAUUUUUUGUUGUGAUGAUGGGACCAAUCGAAGCAGAUACCGCUAACUAUUUUAGUUUUAAUACCAACAGAGUUGCCACUCUUUUCUCUAGCAUUGGAUACGGUGUGGGCGAAGCCGACAUCAAGCAGUACUACAGAUCAUACAUGUAUUUCACCGACGUGCCACGUUAUCCGAAAAGUGAUUUACAUGAUAUCAUUUUCACUAACUUCAGCGACGAAUGGACUAAAUUCCAAACACGCGUCGACGAUGAUGCUGGCAAGUCGUUCUGUCCACCAAUUUGUGAUACAAAGUUGAAGGGGAUUAAGAACAAUGAUCCGUGGUCGGACGACGCCUACUGGACAUCAGCGAGCAAUGCGAUUGUGAAUGCAUAUGAUAUGGGGAGGUUACUGUCGGAAACGGUGAAAGUGCAUGGUACCUCGUUGUUGAGAAAUCCGACGCGAUUGGUGGAGACAAUGUCAGGGAGAGGAGUCACAUCCCUUCUUGGAUAUGUGACUAAGUUUGAUUCCAAUCGAGUCUCCCAAAGAGAAUACAUCCUAUGGUCCCCUCAACAACCAACCAGCUCCAAUGGACCAGUUCCUCUCACAGAAUGGGCAACAGUCGGCGCCAGACUUCUACCAGAUGGAAAAGGCAACUAUGUAAUUCAUCGAUCAUUUGGAAAAAUCUCACCGAACUCGGAAUCUACAAUGGCGUUCUUCCAAAAUCCAGACCGAAAUGUGGUUUCAACAACGAGCUGUGUCCAGUUGGCAUGCGUGAAACUCGAAAUCAUCUUGAUCGCUGUCUGUGUCGUCGCCAUUAUUUUACUAGUUGGCGUGAUUGCCUAUAUUGUCAGAUGGAUCGCCUAUGAGAGACGAUUGGAGUCCUCCUAUUUCCUCGUCCAUCGGAAACAUGUUCAGUUGAUUGAUACCACCAAAUUUGGGUCCAGUAGAGCGGGAAGUAUCAUGCAAAGUGCAAUCAGUAUGAGAUCCCAAUAUGACGAUGAUCCCGCACCUGCUGGUGGCGCCACCAUGAACUUUUACACUAAUGGGAUCCGAAAAGCAGCUCGAAGAAAUCAAAUGGCUAGGGACAAUAGAGCAUUGGGAAAUAAUAAGGAUGAUUGGCUGGAAAUUAUGGAUUGGCACUUGGCAAAGUACGAUAAUACACUGGUCACUGUGAGGAAGAUCAACAAGAGUCAACUGAAGUUGACAAGGGAGAUGAAACAGGAAAUUGAUUUGCUGAUGAACGAGACACACGAGAACCUGAAUCGAUUUUUCGGACUUAUCAAUGAAAGUGAUCUCAUUUUCACUAUCCAUCACUAUGGGCCGCGGAAAAGUUUAAUGGACUUGUUACGAAAUGAUGAUCUUCGUCUAGAUCGAAUGUUUAGAGUGUCGUUUGUUGAGGAUGUUGUGAAGGGAUUGCAAUUCUUGCAUGAGAACUCGAAAAUCGGUUACCAUGGAAACUUGAAAAGCUCCAAUUGUGUGGUGGACGCUUAUUGGAGAAUCAAGUUGAGCAAUUAUGGAAUGGAGCAGAUUCGUGUGGAUGAACCAGAAGCCAAGCCAGAUGAUCUCCUUUGGUUUGCACCGGAAAUUAUAAGACGCUACGCAGUGAAACAUGACCUUUCAAAAAUUGAACUAGCCAAAGCGGAUAUCUACUCGUUCUCGAUCAUUCUCUAUGAAAUUUAUGGAAGACAGGGACCAUUUGGAGAUGAUUUGCUGGAUUCUGAUGAAAUCAUAUCCCAACUGAAGUUCCCUGAUGGCCAAGCACUAACAAGACCUGACAUUCACCUGAUCACCAAAGCACCGUACCCAGUUUCUUCGGUGGUGGAGCAAUGUUGGGCAGAAGAUCCAGACGCGCGGCCGAACAUCAAGAAGGUUAAAGAACUUUUGAAACCAUUGAGCAAAGGAUUAAAAGGAAACAUCGCUGACAACAUCAUGAACCUCUUGGAUAGGUACCGGAACAAUUUAGAAGACGUCAUCAGAGAACGCACCGAGCAACUUGAGGAUGAACGAAAACGAAAUGAAAAUCUCUUGCUUCAACUUCUCCCAAGAUCCGUAGCCAACAGUUUGAAGAAUGGACAACCCGUGGAGGCUGAAUUCUAUGACAGUGUCUCUAUCUAUUUCUCGGAUAUCGUUGGUUUCACCUCGUUGAGUAGUAAGAGUACUCCUCUACAAAUCGUGAACAUGCUCAACAAUCUCUACACCAACUUUGAUACCAUUAUUGACAAGUUUGAUUGCUACAAAGUUGAAACUAUCGGAGAUGCCUACAUGUUUGUUUCGGGACUUCCGGAGUUGAACAGUUACCUUCAUGCAGGAGAAGUCGCAGCGGCUAGUUUGGAAUUGUUGGACAGCAUUAAGACCUUCAUAGUUCCUCACUGCCCAGACGAGAAGCUCCGGCUUCGCAUUGGAAACCACGCCGGGCCAGUUGUCACUGGUGUUGUUGGAAUCCGAAUGCCACGUUAUUGCUUGUUCGGUGAUACUGUAAUCGUUGCGAACAACAUGGAAAGCAGCGGAGAGCCGAUGCGAAUCCAAGUGUCCAGUGACAGCUACGAGCUUCUUCUCAAAUGUGGUGGAUUUGUCACCGAGCAGCGUGAGAAGAUUGUGUUGAAGAACAAGAUGGAGGUGAUGACUUACUGGAUGAACGACUACUCGAAAGAUGCCAGAUUGGCAAGAUUGGUGUCGCUUCAGGAGAAGUUUCCACAUCUGAACCCAUUGAUUCAUAACAUCAACAAAGGAACUCGUUAA